AUGAAGCGCAAACCAACCUUAGGACGAAACAGCUCGGACGCCAAUGACCAACCCGAUUCCAAGAAGAGGGUUCUGGACUUUGAGACUGUCAAGUCUCGAUUCCGCGACGGGCUGCUUGACAAGGCUACACUCGAGCAGUAUAAGCAGAGCUACGCAAACUCCGCGCCGUACAAACAUGGAGUCAUCUCUCAGCUAAUAAAUCCAUCUCUCCUCCGCUCCGUCCGCACAGAAAUCAAGGACCACCUCUCCUUCACCGAAAAAGUAACAGACAUCUACAAAAUCUUCCAGUCGGGCGACCUCGCUAACCUCGACGGGCUAGACGAUGACUCGCUGUCCAAACUGCCCUCGCUCCUCGACCUGCGCGACGCUCUUUACUCUGCCCCAUUCCGCAACUAUCUAUCAGAGGUAACAGGGGCAGGAAAGUUGAGCGGCAUCAAGACUGAUAUGGCUAUCAAUGUCUACACGGGUGGAUGUCAUUUGCUGUGCCACGAUGAUGUGAUUGGGAGCCGGCGGAUUAGCUAUAUUCUCUACCUGACGGAUCCAGAUGUGGCGUGGCAGCCGAGCUGGGGUGGAGCGCUGCGAUUAUAUCCGACCACUGUUGAGAGGGACGAGUCUGGGAAGGAGAUUAAAGUUCCCAGCCCUGAUUUCAGCCUAUCAAUACCUCCGGCUUUUAAUCAAUUGAGUUUUUUCACGGUGCAGCCUGGUGAGAGUUUCCACGAUGUGGAGGAGGUGUAUUAUGCGGACCCCAAUGGGGAUAAGGGAGGGAAAGAAAGGGUGCGCAUGGCUAUUAGUGGCUGGUAUCAUAUUCCUCAGGAGGGGGAGGAUGGGUAUGAGGAAGGGCUGGAAGAGAAGCUGGCGGAACGGAGCAGUCUGCAGCAGCUGCAAAGUUCCGGGGAUGUGUUCGACAGACCACAGGCCCAGUUGACGCCGUACGAAGGUGCGCCGGCGGGUGUUAAGGAAAGCGAUGAGUUUACAGAGGCCGACCUGGACUUUUUGCUUCAAUAUAUCUCACCCUCCUAUCUCACACCGGAUAUCACGGAGGACCUGUCUGAUGCUUUCGGUGCAGACUGUUUCAUAAUUCUAGAGCGGCUCUUUAACGACAAAUUUGCCAAACGCGUCAGAGAAUACAUUGAAGAGCAGGAAAAGGAAUCCAACGCCCUCCCCACUUCGUGGGCGGAGAUCGAGCAGAAGACGUCUUGGAAAGUCAGUCGACCGCCUCAUAAACAUCGAUAUCUGUACCAGCAGCCACGAACAGAUGGUAACGAGACCAAAACACCAAUUCAGGAAUUGUUAGAAGAUUUAGUGCCGUCUCAUGCAUUUCAGAAGUGGAUCUCUAUUGCGACUGGAUAUAGCGAGCUGACCGAUUACAAUGUUAUCGCGCGACGUUUCCGUCGCGGUGAAGAUUACACGCUAGCUAGUGGGUAUAAAGGCAGGACGCCACGACUGGAGUUUACAAUUGGCCUGACCCCCACGACUGGGUGGGAGAAGGAGGCAUGCGAUGACGAGGAUGAGUAUGAGGAUGAGUAUGAGGUUAUGGAAGAGUGUGGGGAAGAGGAUAUGGAGGAUAUGGUAGAGGAUUUGGAAGGGGAUAUGGAUGAAGACAGCUCAAGCAUGAGCGGGAAGGAGGAAGAAGGGUUCCAAGAAGGGGAUGCUACAGAGGCUGACCAGCAUUCUUUUGGCGGUUAUGAGAUCUACGUGGCCGUCGAUGAUGACGAUGAUGGCGCCGUCAAUGAUGAAGAAGAUGAAGAGAAGGGAGAGAACGCCGACGAUAAAGACGGCAAAAGGGUGAAGAAAUCCAAAAAAUCAGACCCGGCAAUCUAUAAGUCUGCCCCGAGCAUAGACGGUGACGAUGGUAUCCUCUUCAACAUGGCGGCGGGCUGGAAUCGUAUGAGCAUUGUACUGCGGGAUGUGGGGACGUUGAAGUUUGUGAAGUAUGUUAGCCGCUCAGCACCGGGUGAUCGGUGGGACAUUACGGGGGAGAUUGAGCUGAUAUUUGAUGAGAUGGAUAUCGCUUAG